AUGUCGAUGCUCGAUUCGUUCUUCAACAAGGGCUUCAAAGCGGCCAAAUGCAAAACCCUGCUGAAAUUGACUAUUCCGCGGAUAAAGUUGUUGAGGAACAGGAGAGAAAUUCAGAUUAAACAGAUGCGCCGUGACAUUGCCAAGCUUCUUGAGACUGGCCAAGAGGCUACUGCUAGGAUUCGGGUAGAGCAUAUUAUUAGAGAAGAGAAUAUGAUGGCAGCUCACGAGAUUCUUGAGCUAUUUUGUGAGCUUAUUGCUGUCCGCCUUCCAAUUAUUGAAUCACAAAGGGAAUGUCCUCUAGACUUAAAAGAAGCAAUAUCCAGUGUGUGUUUUGCUGCACCAAGAUGUGCUGAUCUGUCUGAGUUGCUACAAGUUCAAAUGCUAUUUGCUUCAAAAUAUGGGAAAGAAUUUGUAUCAGCUGCAACAGAACUAAUUCCAGAUUGUGGUGUCAAUCGCCAGUUGAUAGAACUGCUAUCUGUUCGUGCUCCUUCGCCUGAGAAAAAACUGAAGCUACUGAAAGAAAUUGCCGAAGAGCAUGAGCUGGAUUGGGAUCCUGCUGCAUCUGAAGCUGAAAUUUUCAAACCACAUGAAGAUUUAUUGAAUGGUCCAACACAGUUUGUCAGUGGGUCUAAACUGCCCCUCCCCAAAGAAAAACAUGACGAACCAUCGCACUGCAACCCGGAUCAAUCUCAGAAAGAACAGUCUGAUUCUGAUGAUGGUUUGGACUCAUUAGACUUUCCUGAAGUGCCUACGGUAUCACUACGACCAAUUGCGAAUCCAGCCUCAGCACCUGCAAUGCCUCCACCUUUACCAACUCCGCCACACCCUGAAGUUGAUCAUGGAUUGUCAAAAGAUUCUGGGGCCAUUGAAAAUCCGUCUGAAGAGCUAUCCUUUGAGUCUGAAGAAGUGAUGCAAGCAAGAUCAGUGGCUCACAAACACGAACAGUCUCAUGUUUCAGUUGGUGGUGUGGAAGAUAAACAGUUCUUGCCAUUUAUUUCUCCCCCAUCACUUUCGUCUGCAUCAUUUUCUACAAGACGAAGCAAUCCACCACCCUCUCUUUCAAGAACAAGAAGUGACGCCAAUGUGGAUUUUCAGGAUGUGUUAGCUGCUGCUCAGGCUGCUGCAGACUCUGCAGAACGUGCAGCAGCAGCAGCACGCUCAGCAGCUAGUCUUGCACAAGUUAGAAUCAACGAGCUUACCAAGAAAAACAGUGAAGAAGUCCCUGAAAAUAGCUGUGAAAACCCAUUUCACGAAGACAUUCCUAGCGAGUCAGAUACUAGAGAAAAACCAGAUUUUGAUCAUGCUAUCCGCAAUGGUGAUUCUGAUGGUGUUAUACAUUCUCCGGGACUGCAUCAAGUCCAUGAAUAUGGCCAUGGAGCUAAGGUAUCAGAUCUUAAUUCUGUCACUAUGGAGCCACUUAAUGCGGAUUUGGAUUCCUCACUUCCCAAUGAUCAUGCUUUUGAACAUGAGCCUGUUCGACAUCAGCCUCAGAGAUUGAGUUCAAUGGAAGAUGAUCCAUACUUCUCAUACCCAAACUUAUUUACAUCACAAAACUCAAAUGCCGGAUCCGGCGCUCAGUCUUCUACAGAUGACUCUUUUCCUUCGCAUGGACGCUGA